UAGUACCGACAAUGUUUCUCUCAGUGCAUUUACUCGUUGGAAACAGCUUGCCGUGUCGUCGAGAGAGCUUAUCUCUCUCGCAAUCACACACAUGAUCUCGUUUGUGUUGCGGUUAAACAUACAUCCGCUGUAACGCCGCGACGCGGAUGUGUUGGUUAGGCAAAAAAACAGUUUCUCAUCGAAAAGGGAUAUACUUUGUGAAAACUGCCGGUUCUGCUAAUCUUUUUCGCGUCGUCAAAAAGGAGGAAAGAAAUACCGUUAGUCGCAGAGAGCAUGGCGAGGACGGAUGGCGAGUUCUUUACCAUCGUGUGGCUCGUGCUCGUGUUAGUAAGCGGAACGUGCCAGGGCGAAUGGCGGAUGUAUCCAGACCUAUCUACUACGACUUCAGUCAGCCAUUCCGCUUUCAUCAAUGCCAACGGCAUUAACAAUCCUAGCGGUAGUGACAGCUGGAAUAAAGCUGUGAGACCUUCCAAACUCGAUCAGCAGCGAGCCUGCCCGUGCUGUAGAGAUGAAUGCGAUUUUCAGACGGGCAACUUGACCUGCCACCAAGUGUUCAAUUUCACAAGCGAUUAUCUGGACGAAUGUUCUGCGUAUAUUGUGAGCCUCAAUAUCGUGGAGGGCCAAUUUAAAACGGUGAAUCAAUCGGGACUCCUUCACGGCAAAUAUCCAAAGCUGCGAAGGCUAUCCAUUCGCAACAGUCAUUUAGAACAGGCGGAAUUAUGGCCAGUUCCGCAGCAAUUGAUCGAAUUGGACUUGUCCAACAAUUCGCGUCUCCAGUUUAUCAACUGGAUCGUCUUCAAGCAGGCUAUCAACCUGGAAAUGUUGAUUCUGGCCAACAAUAAACUGGACCGCAUCCCUGACAUGAUAUCAAUGAUGAACGAGACAAGUCGCUUGUCUACCCUCGAACUUUCAGGUAACGAAUGGAACUGCCAGGGCAAUUUCCAGUGGGUGCUGACCUUGCACGAACGGGGCAUUCUACUCAACGGCGAUAACUUGAAAUGUCGUGACGCUAAGCAUAAUGAAUCUUGGAUCGACUUAAGCUACUCAAUCAUCAAAAGGGAAAAUAACAAAAAGACUGUGGACGCAGAAUGUCGUAGCCGGACGUCGGGUUGUUAUUGCGAAUUCGACAGCGCGGGCAUAGCGGGCAGAGGAUCUUACACGGUGCAGGUCGAUUGUUCAAACAGACAGAUGACGUCACUACCUGCCGAGCUCCCGAAUUUUACCAACGAGCUCGACGUCAGCGGCAACGACUUGACGAGUUUAGAUCAGGUGAUGAAAUAUCGCAAUUCGCCGCUCAAGGUUCUCAUCGCUGAUUCGAAUCGAAUCGAAUCCAUUCGCAAUUUAUCCGGAUCGGAUUUCAUACGCAAUUUCAGCCGAUUCAGUUUGAGACACAACUCCAUCAAACCCAGCGAGCUUCCGCUGGAUGACAUAGUACAAGUUGAAUUCGAGUUCCAGGUCAAAUACAUUUAUCUUUACAACAACUCGUGGGAAUGCGAUUGCAACACGGCCACAAAAGUUCGGGACUGGCUAUGGAAAUACCACCACGUCGUCAACGAUUCGUCCCACAUACUUUGUUCGCGAGAUGGUAAAAAGAUCCCAGUGUUACACUUGUUGCCUAAUCAAGUGUGUGACGACCCGAACUACCUGAGAAACGCCACGUCGGAUGCCGAACUGAAAGAACAGAACAUAUCGAUACUACAUUCAAUCAUUUACGUGGAAGUCGCAGCCAUUGCUGUUCUCGGACUCAAAUUGGCCUACGAUUCUUGGCACUAUUUCCGUCACGGACAGCUGCCUUGGAUUGCCACCAAACUGUUGUGACAUUGAAAAAAAAACAAAAAAAACAAAAAAAAAAACAAAAAAAAAACAAAUGAAACUAGAGAGAAAAGAAACCAAUGCUCAGAUUGAUGAUGGUAUUUUCAAAUGUGUUUCAGACAUUCUUCACGACGUCUAGUCGCACUGUCGUUUUCAUUUGCGGUCGUUAAAUGUUUACGUAAAAAAAAAAAAAGAAAAAAAAGAGAUAUAAAAAAAAGUGAGUGUACCCGCAUAUGUGCCAAUUUUGAUCAACGCAUCGUCGUUUACAAAAAGUUAUGAACGUUUUUUUUCGAUCUCUCGCUGAAUUUUGGACGAUGCGUUUCGUGUGUGAUAUAAUCGAUUUUUUUUUUGUUGUGUUCCCCACCGUUUUGUUUGUUUCGUUUUGUUUUGUUUUUUUUUUUCGAAAAAAAACAUACUUGUAAAUAGCCACAAAUGAUGUCGGUCGCCAAAAUAUACGUUUCCAAGUUCUAUUUUUAUGGCGAUAGGAUUAUUGGAUCAAUUCCAAUUGGUUCUUUUGAUAAUUUCAAAAA